UUGUGUGUAUUGGUAUGGGGAGGCGGGUCGAGACGAGAAAUCUGUGGAACAAGCGGUGAUACGAUUUGUGAAACCGGGAGAGGAGGAGACGAGCGAAACGUUUGUGAAUCGACUGUUGGCGUUUAUGUUUGCCAAUACGAAGAGUUUUGAACGACUUUUGAUGUUGCCGAAAGUGGCAUUCAAAAUGACUUGUAAUGAUCAGCUAUGCGUGAAUAUAAAGCAUAUAUCGGCUGAGGG